AUGGCUCCCAUCCAUCCCGGCGAAAUACUGAAGGAGGAAUUAUUAAUCCCGCAUGGUAUUAGCCAGAGCCAAUUAGCCCAAAAACUCAAAAUCUCUUUUCGUCGCAUCAAUGAAAUUUGUCAAGGCAAACGACCAAUUACCAUGGACACUGCUUUAAGAUUAAGUAGUGCUUACAAGACCAAGCCGAAAUUACCAAAAUCAAAAGAGAAAUCCGUCCCUAUACUGGGGAGC